AUGGGGAUCCGAUUCGUGUUAAUGGUGAACAAACAAGGGCAAACCCGUCUUGCUCAGUACUAUGAGUAUCUCACUGUCGAAGAAAGACGAACCCUUGAAGGAGAAAUCGUUCGCAAAUGCCUUGCCCGCAAUGAACACCAGUGUUCAUUUGUAGAGCAUCGCAACUACAAAAUUGUAUAUAGGCGCUAUGCAUCUUUGUUUUUCCUGGUUGGAGUUGACGACGGCGAGAACGAACUUGCUAUUUUGGAAUUUAUCCAUCUCUUAGUCGAAACCAUGGAUCGACAUUUUGGCAACGUGUGUGAGCUAGAUAUCAUGUUUCAUUUAGAAAAGGUACAUUUUAUGUUAGAGGAAAUGGUGAUGAAUGGUUGUAUUGUGGAGACUAGCAAAGCAAAUAUCUUGACUCCUAUUCAGCUGAUGGAUAAAACAUCAUAA